ACACAAUCAACUUCACCAUUUCAUCAAGUAUUCCGACUCCUCUAUUUAAAGCCUUUCCCUUACUAUUUCUUCUUCUGUUAUAUGAAACUUAUUUUUAGUAACUUGUUCAAGGCACAUCAGAAUCUCCUUGCCCCUCCCUUUUGCAGAAAAAUUAUGUCUCAGUCUGAUCCGCAAACUGCUUUCAACAGGCCAAGAAUGGUGGCCAAGAAAGUUCUUGCCAAACCUCAACAUGAGGGUGAUGGUGCUGUUGUUAGAAGAAGCAUUGGAAGGAGUGAAUUGAAGCUUUUGGAUCCUUUUCUAAUGUUGGAUGAGUUUUCGGCAUCCCCUCCUGCUGGAUUUCCAGAUCAUCCACACAGAGGUUUUGAGACUGUUACAUAUAUGUUACAGGGAAGAAUCACUCAUCAAGAUUUUGCAGGCCACAAGGGAACAAUUCAAACUGGUGAUGUUCAGUGGAUGACAGCAGGAAGAGGCAUAAUCCAUUCUGAAAUGGCUGCUGGUGAAGGUGUCCAAUGGGGUUUACAACUUUGGAUCAAUCUCUCUGCUAAAGAUAAAAUGAUUGAGCCAAGGUACCAAGAAAUCCGGAGUGAAGACAUCAAACAAGUAGAGAAAGACGGGGUAGAAGUCCGCAUUAUAGCAGGCGAAUCAAUGGGAGUUCAAUCUCCAGUUUACACCAGAACUCCAACAAUGUAUCUUGAUUUCACCCUGAAACCAAGAGCUCAAGUACAUCAAAGUAUUCCAGAAUCAUGGAAUGCAUUUGCAUAUGUAAUUGAAGGCGAAGGCGUGUUCGGAUCAAUCAAUUCACCGCCAGUGUCAGUUCAUAACGUGUUAGUGUUGAGUCCUGGAGAUGGGGUGAGUGUUUGGAAUAAAUCUGCAAAGCCAUUGAGGUUUGUUUUGAUUGCAGGGCAGCCAUUGAAUGAGCCAGUAGUGCAGUAUGGACCAUUUGUGAUGAAUUCACAGGCUGAAAUUGAGCAAACCAUUGAGGAUUAUCACUAUUGCAAAAAUGGGUUUGAAAUGGCCAAGUCUUGGAGGUCUCAAUGAGUGGAAAAAGGAAAAAAAAAUGAAUAAAAUGAAAGAGAGGCAUGAAGAUUAUUACUAUUAUUUAAUUGAAGUGUAGCUUUUGUUGUAUUUUGGAUCUUUUUAUCAUUAGUAUUCACUAUCUCCAUCCAAUAUUAAAAAAAAAGAGAUACUUCAAAUGGUAAGUUGAAAAGAAAGUUCUUCUAGAAGAAAAGAAGUGUGCAGGUGGGUGAUGGAUCAGCUCAUCUUGGUUAUAUUUUUCAACAAAGAUUUUAAAAAUGGAUUUGUGAAUUGAAUUGAUUGGUGGUAGGGUUUGCAUGACCUUCCACCUACAAUACCAAUUACUGGAACCACUUAUUUUACAA